GCCGACUUGAUUCCGGCAAUAUGGUCGCCCGCAGCGGAACGGAAUCUGGGGCUUUGCGCAGACUGUAAGGUCCAGUAAAACUUUGCGGUUCACACAAGCAACAUGCCCACACCAAAGUCGUGGGUGGUCUCGACCUCCCGAAACGCCACAAGAUACUUUGAGCCAUCAGCCACAAUAUAGUACAGACAGUCAUAAGGGACGAUGAUCCGUCUGUUGAGGAUAUUCAGCACUUCGUAUUAUUCAUUAGAGAACUACUCAAACAACCACUGAAAUCAUACCGCUGAAUCAUGGCAACUGUGUCUGCUACACAGGCGUACGAAGUGCGGGAGCCGAAGUCGAACACCCAGCAUGUUGAGAACAUCGGUGAGGAUAGUCAUAAGUUCCGCGACAUUGAAACAGUAGCUUUGGUAGUCACAGAAGCAAAAGCAGAUUUCAAGCUGCAGCCGAUUAUUCUCGAUGAGAUCAGAGACGACGAAGUUCUUGUGGAAAUGAAAUACAGUGGUAUUUGUCACACUGAUAUUGUUCUACAGCAAGGUCUGUUGCCGAUGGUCGAAUUCCCCGCAGUCUUCGGCCACGAAGGGGCAGGUUUCGUGAGGGGUAUCGGUUCGAAAGUCAAGAAUAAGUCACUCAGAGUUGGCGAUGCGGUACUUCUAUCGUUCAAUACUUGCGGCACAUGUAAGCCUUGUUCAAAUGGGCACCCUGCCUUCUGCCACACGCAUGCUGCAGUCAAUCACAAUGCUGUACGUCUCACAGAUCGAAGCACACCAGCCAGGACAAAGGACGGCCAAAGCGUACGCAGCCAAUAUUUUGGACAUUCAUCGUUUUCAAAGAUGAGCAUUGUCAACGAGAAGUGCGUGGUAGCAUGUGAUUAUCCUGACCAAAUGAACAUUUAUGCGCCGAUAGGCUGCGGCUUUCAAACUGGAGCCGGCACGGUGCUCAAUGUGCUCAAACCUGGACGAUACGACUCGCUCGUUGUUUUCGGUCUCGGAAGCGUAGGACUGACAGCUCUGAUGGCAGCAAAAUAUAUGGGCGUCGGGCAGAUCAUUGCUGUUGACAUUGUGCAAGAGAAGUUGCAGAUGGCAAAGGAACUCGGGGCAACGGACACAAUCAACUCAAAGGAACAAAGCGACAUUGUUGGAGCGAUCAAGAAAGUCUCAAAAUCAGGCGCCGGUGCUACGUUCGCCAUCGAUUGUACAGGCGUCCUCCGCGUCAUCGAGGAUAUGGUGGCUUCUCUCGCGCCUCAAGGGACAGCUGCGGUGGUUGGUGUUCCACCACCUGAUGCAAAAAUCUCGAUUGAUCCUCUGAUGUUUUUGUUGGACAACAAAAAACUGAUUGGAGUCAUCGAAGGCGAUUCGAACCCGGCGGACUUCAUCCCGCAGUUGAUGGAGCUACAUCAGAAUGGCGCGUUCCCAAUCGAGAAGCUUUGUCGCACAUAUCCAGUAGAGAAGCUAGAAGAUGCGAUACAUGAUCUGCAUACUGGCAACGUUAUAAAACCUGUUAUACAGUGGAGCUGAACCCUCCCUCAUGUUCCUUGAUCAUCGAGACGUCCCUUAGG